CACCUUGGCCCUGACCCACAACGGGCAGCGUGGGAAAUGGAGGCAGGAGCCCGGGAGGUCCCAGCAGAGCCUCCCCAGGAGGCCAGAGCCAUCCUCAAUGUCUAUGACAUCCUGGUUGUCGUCUUCUACUUUGUCUUCGUCCUCGCAGUGGGGAUCUGGUCCUCUCUCCGGGCCAGCAGAAGCACUAUUGGGGGCUAUUUCUUGGCUGGGAGGUCCAUGACUUGGUGGCCGAUUGGUGCCUCUUUGAUGUCCAGCAAUGUGGGCAGUGGCUUAUUCAUUGGCCUGGCUGGUACUGGGGCAGCCGGGGGCCUGGCUGUAGGCGGCUUUGAGUGGAAUGCAACCUGGGCGCUCCUGGCCCUCGGCUGGAUCUUUGUCCCUGUCUACAUUGCGGCAGGGGUCGUCACCAUGCCUGAGUACCUGAAGAAGCGAUUCGGAGGCCAGAGGAUCCAAGUGUACAUGUCUGUCCUGUCUCUCAUCCUGUACAUCUUCACCAAGAUUUCAACCGACAUCUUCUCUGGAGCCCUGUUUAUCCAGGUGUCCUUGGGCUGGGAUCUCUACCUGUCCACAGUCAUCCUGCUAGUUGUGACGGCUAUCUACACCAUUGCCGGGGGCCUGACUGCUGUGAUCUACACGGAUGCUCUGCAGACGCUCAUCAUGGUCGGGGGAGCCCUGGUACUUAUGUUCUUAGGGUUUCAGGAAGUGGGCUGGUACCCAGGCCUGAAGGACAAGUACAGCAUGGCCAUUGCCAACGUCACCGUGCCCAACACCACCUGCCAUCUGCCUCGGCCCGAUGCCUUCCACCUGCUCCGGGACCCUGUCACCGGGGACAUCCCGUGGCCUGGCCUCAUCUUCGGACUCACAGUGCUGGCCACCUGGUGCUGGUGCACAGACCAGGUGAUUGUGCAGAGAUCCCUGUCAGCCAAGAACUUAUCCCAUGCCAAGGGGGGCUCCGUGUUUGGGAGCUACUUGAAAAUCCUGCCCAUGUUCUUCAUCGUCAUGCCCGGGAUGAUCAGCCGGGCUCUCUACCCAGACACAGUCGGCUGUGUGGACCCUGACAUCUGCCAGGCCGUCUGCGGGGCCCGAGUGGGCUGUUCUAACAUUGCAUACCCCAAACUGGUGAUGGAGCUCAUGCCUGUAGGGCUUCGAGGCCUGAUGAUCGCAGUGUUCAUGGCAGCCCUCAUGAGCUCCCUCACCUCCAUCUUCAACAGCAGCAGCACACUCUUCGCCAUUGACAUCUGGCAGCGCAUCCGCAGGACGGCCACUGAGCGGGAGCUGAUGGUGGUGGGCAGGGUGUUCGUCGUGGUCUUGGUGGUGGUCAGCAUCGUCUGGAUACCCAUCAUCCAGAGCGCCAACAGCGGGCAGCUCUUUGACUACAUCCAGUCCGUCACCAGCUACCUGGCACCCCCCAUCACUGCCCUCUUCCUUCUGGCCAUCUUCUGCCACAGGGUCACAGAACCUGGAGCCUUCUGGGGCCUCAUCUUUGGCCUGGUGGUCGGCACCGUCCGCAUGAUCCUGGAGUUCUCCUACAGGGUCCCCUCUUGUGGCGAGCCGGACACGCGGCCGGCUGUCCUCAGGGAUGUGCACUACCUCUACUUUGCUCUGCUGCUCUUCGGCCUCACUAGCUUCGUCAUCAUCGCCGUCAGCCUCUGCACAGCCCCCAUCCCCGAGGAGAAGCUCAUUCCCCUGACUUGGUGGACCCGGAACUCCAGACCACCAGGCCUGGAAAGGCACUAUCACACCCACCUGCCGAGUGACCGGGACGCAGAUUUGUCAGGUCAGGAGAGUCAGACAGAAGAGAGAGUGUGGGAAGACAGCAGCCUUGAAAAGAAGGAAUCCCCAGUCCCCAGCCUGUCCUGUUGGCAGAAGUUUUAUUUCUGGUUCUGUGGCCUUUCUCCAACACCCACACCCAACCUGAGUCCCGCAGAGAAGGCUGCAAUGGAAAGAAAACUGACAAGCAUCCAGGAAACCCCACUGUGGAGGCGAGUUUGUAACAUCAAUGCCAUCUUCCUGCUCACCAUCAACAUCUUCCUCUGGGGCUACUUCGCCUAAGUGGCUGGUGUGGCCCCACAUCAGUCUGGCAGGCAUAAACCAACUCAUGUCAAUCUGCCUGAAAGGCCACCAUCAGCUUCCACCAAGGAAGCUCCUGAACAUGAGCCGGGGGCAUCAUAGAACACAGAAGGUCAGUCGGUACUGGACAGGACUUGAGACCAUCUUGGUCAAUCUCCCACCCACCCUCCCUCACCUCUGCUGAUUGGGGGUCUGCUGUGACAGCUCAGCAGAUACAAUGCUAGACUUGGAGCUCCGAGCUUUAUCUGCACCCUCCUGGCUCUGAGACCCAUUAGCAGUACAACCUGGGGCAAAGUCACUUCCCCUCUCUGAGACUCAGUUUCCUCGUUUCCAUGGCCCUUUAAGGUAGUCUUGGGAGGUAGGAAGGACAGGCUUACCAUCCUCAUUUCACAGAUGACGAAGCUCGUCCUAGAGAGGAAAAGUGACUUCCCUAGGAUGAUGCAGUGAAUCAUGGGAAGGUCUGACGGAACACCUUGGUCUGGUGGUAUUUCUAAGCCUUCCAAACCCUUCUGACCUGACAAUGGUCAUGGGCCUUUAGGGGGGAUGCCUGAUUCUCUCCUCAUCUCCUGAGUCCCUGGGGGGCUCCUGUGGGCUACCAAGCAGCCAGGAGGAGAUUGAAGGAGCUGGGAAGAUCCUUGUCUACUCAGUGAGGUUUGAUGUUGCCUCGCUCCCUGCUCACUUUCCCUUUCAACAUCCCUGGCUCCAUCCCUUCCUGGAGCCCCGACAGCUUCACCUGGCUAAGGUACCACAGCCAUUGUGUAGCUCUUAUACUCUGAAGCCUUCAGUGGCUCCCUGCUCUUAGGGGUUCAAGUACAAACUCCUUAUCCUAGCAUAAGGGAAGCAACCUUACUUCCCCACCUUAGCUUAUGACACCUCCAAACCUUCUAUAUUCUAGCCAAAUUGGAAGACUCUUUGUCUCUCAUUCUGAUCCUGCCCCAUCCUUUUCCUGGACCUUCAUUCCCAGUGUCUCCCACUCUCAGAAAGAACUCUCCCUCCCUCCCAUGCCCACCUGUAUCUGUUCAAGGCCCUGUCAGGGCCCUGUCAGGGGCCACCACCUUUAGACAGCCUCAUCUGUUUGUUGCCUCUGACAAAAGUUAACCCCUUUCCUCAAAUGCCUCAAUGUUUUUCCCCUGGACCUCUCCUUUCCCCCUCUCUGCCCUCAGCUUUG